AUGAAAGUGUCUUUGAUACACUAUGCAUGUGCUUACUUCGCUAAGAAAAUAGCUACGUGGUGUGUCAUUUAUCGUGCAGUGAUAUACGUGUUAAAUACGACCAGUACGUGCAUCGCUGACGGUGAGACUAGUGUGGAGUGGUGUGAUGUGGUAGCGCGCGCGGGCGGCCUGCGCAGGCCCCACACAAGCAGCCGCGUGUUUCCCUCAGCGUCGUCUAUGGCCGAGCAACACAUCACACCGUCGUCGCACUCUGCACUCACGAGAGAGUCCAGCGGGUCUUCUCCUAGCAGGGUGGUGGGCGGUCGGUGGUUGCGUCAGGUGCGUCGAACUAGCCACAGCCGUCGGAGUAGACGCAACGUGACGUCACCUCUACCGCGCUCCACCAGUAGACAGUCCAGCCGCGCGUCAGACGCUGAGCCUGUGGAGCUACGCAGGAGCUCGCGCCUAAUCAGCACUCUGCCCCGGUCUGACUAUUCUAUCACCGAGCGCUGGUCUUACGGCACAGACGUAUACGAGACACGCUGCGAUACUACCGACUUCAAGGGUGGAGACACCCACAAUUCGUCCGUUCACCCGAAACGCGGACGUACUUCCUCGCAUGACAGGAAAAAACGUAAGAGCAUAUCAAACAAUAAGAGUGCAGAAGAGUGCGUCGCGUAUUGCACACGCUCACGGACUGCUCUUAAAUUAAGUGAGAGUGCUUGUGAGCAAAAUUCGCAUAGUUUAAAAUCGCAUACGUUACCAUAUUUCCCGUUGAAUCAAAACGCAACAGUUACUUCUACACAAGCCAAUCAGUCUGAGGGUGGUCUGUUGCCAUUGGACGAAAGAGACUUUGCAUAUUCACCUUUCAGCUCGUCGACUGUCACAGAAUUACUUGACUCGGACUAUUCUGUAUACAGUCCGACAGCUAGUCGAAGGAAAGGUAAAAAGAGAAAGCGAUCAUCGCAUCGCUCCUUAUCAAGUAGAAAGAGUAGCUGUCUUUUCAAUCUCGACGAAUACCGAAAGAAAUUUAAAAUAGAUCCCCAGAGUAAAGACGAUACGGAUACUAAUAGUACUGAAAAAACAUCAUCUAAAUACGAAACAGACAAAGCUGAACAUCCUUCUGCUACUCAGACUUCGUGCACGUACCUUUUGCGGAAGAGAAACAGUAACUUUGGACCACCUACUUCAACAGUUAUUAGUGAAAAUUCAGUGAGCCCGGCUGUCGGAGACUUGGUAUACAAUCAAACAGGAUCAGAGCGAAAGAGUAUCUCAGACAGUCUUCCUAGCACUGCUACUCCGCCUCCAUUUAAAGAUAUCAUAGAAGCGAGUUCAUCGAAGGCGCAGAGUUCUUCAAGCAAACUACUAAUAGUACCACGAGAUCUUCCAUACCUUCGUCAAACUAACGCAAGAAGGAGUAUCGCAGCUGCAACGGGUGCGACCCUGGGUGCUUGCUUGACGAGGGGUGCCAGUACUUCGCAGCGUCAGAGGCAAGACACUGCGUCUAAGAGACAGGUAUCUGGCAGCGAGGGCGCGGGCACCAGCGCGGCAGGCGGGCGGCGAGCGCGAGCUCGCGACAUGCCGCAGCCGCAGCCAGCGUCCACGCGUCGAGACAAACGAGGUAAAAGCAGCCUGGGUUCCUGUGCCAGUACUGGUGGUGCGUCCAGCCGGUCACACCCCCAGCCUUUAACAACGGGUGCCGUGGCAUCAACAUCGUCGACCCCGCCGGCGUCAGCAUCGGCUUCAAUGCCCGACAACGCGACGAACGAUGCAAAGCCUAAGGGCAAAGUGGCAUCGUCAGCCGAAGAAUGCGUGGGCGGUGGCAGUGGAGGUGGUGGCUCAGGUGGCGCUGGAGUUUCGCUCGGCAGUGGAGCGAACAACGAAGAGUCGUCCUCUGAAGAGGGGGAGGUUGGUCGGCUCCAAGCGUUGUUGGAGGCUCGUGGCUUACCACCGCAUUUACUAGGAGCUUUGGGCCCGCGCAUGCAGCACUUACUCCACAGAACUGUCACUGCAAAUUCUGCCGCAUCGAAAGCCGCUCAACUGCUAGCUGGCUUACAAGCUACAGGUGAUGAGGGCCAACAACUUCAGGCAGUCAUUGAAAUGUGCCAACUAUUAGUCAUGGGUAAUGAGGAUACGCUUGCCGGUUUCCCUGUACGACAGGUUGUACCGGCGCUCGUCAACUUGCUCGCUGCUGAACACAACUUUGAUAUGAUGAAUCACGCGUGUCGCGCGCUUACGUAUAUGCUGGAGGCGCUACCCCGCAGCAGCGGUGCCGUGGCACUGGCCGUGCCUGCAUUCCUUGACAAACUGCAAGCCAUCACGUGCAUGGACGUGGCUGAACAGAGCCUUACCGCUCUUGACAUGCUAUCGAGACGACACUCCAAGGCUAUACUGCAAGCACGUGGAGUAUCGGCUUGCUUGACAUACCUGGACUUUUUCUCCAUCAACGCUCAGCGCGCGGCGCUGUCUAUCACUGCCAACUGCUGCCAAAACGUGACUCCUGAUGAAUUUCAUCUAGUCAGAGAUUCACUGCAGCUUCUCGCUAACAGACUGACCCAACAAGACAAGAAGUCGGUAGAGUGCGUGUGCCUCGCAUUUUCCCGGCUUGUGGAUAGCUUCCAACACGACCCUGCGCGCCUGCAGGAGAUUGCCACACCGGAAUUACUUACCAAUCUUCAACAACUUCUUGUGGUACAGCCGCCCCUGAUCUCAGGCGCCACGUUCAUCACCGUGUUGCGUCUGCUGUGGGUGAUGUGCGCCGCGUGUCCGCAGCUGGCGUUGGCGCUGCACCAGCGGUCCAUCGCGGACACGCUGCUGUGUCUGCUCACCGGCUCUACAUUACAUCAAGAGCAAGUAGAAUUAAUUCCACGUCUGCCACAAGAGUUGUACGAGAUCACCUGCCUCAUAGGCGAACUGAUGCCGCGGUUGCCUACUGACGGCAUAUUUGCAGUGGACGCUCAUCUCGAUAAACCCUGGUCAGCAUCCCACGAACGCACGGCACAUUGGCAGUGGAGAGAUGAUAGAGGUGUGUGGCGCUCUUACUCGUGGGCAGAAAGCCGUGCUCUCGAAGCAGGAGCUGCUGCUGGUGAGGAGGAGAUAUGCCUCACUACCCUGGGCCGCUCUUAUACUGUAGACCUGACAGCCAUGCAACAGCUCAACGACCACACAGGCACGGCAAGGCCCGUUCAGCGUGUAGCGCCUGCCCCGCCAUCCACCGAUCAAACGUCACCUAAUUCACCUUCAGCUGACCCGCGCAUUGCCAUGGUACGUUCGAACCCGCUGCUUGCUCGCGCGCUACUGGCCGUGCUACAUGAGGUGUACUGGAGUUCGGCAGGGCCCGCUGUCCGCUCUCAGGCUUUGAAGGCAAUACUGCGCUGUGUGUUUUACGCCGAUGCACAGCUUCUUAGACAAGUACUAAAGAUGCAGGUAAUAUCCUCACAUAUAGCAGGCAUGAUGGCGUCAAGCGAUCUGCGUAUCGUAGUGGGUUCUCUGCAGUUGGCUGAAAUUCUUAUGCAACGCCUCCCAGAGGAGAUGGGAGUGCAGUUCCGACGCGAGGGUGUGCUGCACCAGGUGGCCCAGUUAGCGGAGCGGGCUCCUGCCUCACAGCCCUCUAAACAUCAUCCUAUCAAGUCUCCGAGCAGUGGGAGCGUUCGUUCAAGCGGGGGCGCUUCUCCCCCAGCUUCAACAUCGGCCACUUCACUGGAUCACCAGAACAAUUUAUCACUAGCAUUCUCCGCCUCUGGAUCCUUUGUCACCACUACUAUGCCAGCCGGUAGUGAAGGUAGCAGUGCAGAGCCAGGCCCCGCUUCCGCCUCGCAGAUGUCUGCUAGCACCGUUCACAGAUCGGGCAGUCCUCUACAACUAGCGGAGAUGCUAAAACGCAAGCGCGCUGUGAAGAGAUCGGGAGGAGCGGGUGCGCGCCACGGGCGGCGCCGAGACGAGCCCGCGCCCGCACACGCGCCGCACGCGCCUGCUCCGCCGCACGCGCACCUGGCGCACCCGGCGCACGCGCACCACGCCACCUCGCCGCACGGUUCAGGCGUGUCAGUGGGAGGUCGCGGAGGGCCGCGAGUCGGCGGCGCUUCUAAGACGUCGUCGUUCCUGUCGUCUCUCAACCCUUCGCGCUGGGGACGCUCGCCGCACACACACAAAGAACAGGGACUGUUGGCGUCACCGCACACUUCUACAAAUCUAACCGUGCAAAAUAAAGAGAAAGUCCGCGAAUGGAUCCAAUGGACCGCAACUAGACUACAACGCGAGUGGGGCGCCCUGGGUGGGUGCGGGGGUGCGCUCGAACAGUUGGCAGCUCUUGCGUCUGCAUUGCCCAUACAACAUCAUCGCCGUGCCGCACUGCACCAGUUAAGGGACACGCUCCUACAUCAUGAUGUGUCGCCUUUCGAGGUGAACCAUUCAGGGGUGUUGGGGGCGUUGUUACAAUUUCUGACAGGCGUUGAGCCAGAAUCGGAGGCAGGUGAAUCACGCGAGGCAGAUGCCGAAGCACGUGAGGGUACAGACUACGUCACCGCGUGUGAAGACAGGUUACGACUGUUCCUGCAUGUAUUCGCUGAUAUGCCGCUUACGCCAGACAGUACUGAAUGGAACGAGCUGACGGGCACCCUGAGCAGCGCAGGCAGCAGUAGCGGAGGGGGCUCCGGCGGAGCGGGCGGCACGCUGGCGCUGAGCGCGCUCGUGGGCAAGGUGAACGCCUGCGUGUCGCACCUGGAGCAGUUCCCCGUGCGCGUGCACGACCUGCCCGCCCGCCCCGCCACUUCUGCUCUCAAAUUUUUCAACACGCACCAGCUCAUGUGUGAUCUCAAGCGGCACCCCUCAUGUACAAAUUUAAAGCAAUGGAAAGGAGGCGUUGUACGGAUCGAUCCUCUCGCUCUAGUUCAGGCCAUAGAACGGUACCUAGCUCAACGCGGGUAUGCGACAGGGCGCGCCCGCUCGGAGUCAGCGAGCGGCCCUCACUCGGACGACGACGCCGCAUCCGAUGACGAUGUGGAUGACUCACUGGCUACGCCACCGAACAACCAUCCUACUGACUCAGACCAUAAACUGGAGUUCCUAAUUGGUGACACAGUAUUACCAUACAACAUGACUGUUUAUCAGGCCGUUCGCCAGUUCGGAGAGCAGACGGAUGCCGACACUGACACGGAAACACCAAUAGCAAACGCGGGUAUCUGGGUACAAACCCAUACUAUCUACUACCGUGCGGUUGAGGGAAGCGAGCAACCUCGCUCUGAUACAACCGCCUCUAGAAAGGGAAAGGGACAACCUACUAAACUCUCAUCUAGACGUAAACCUGAUCUACUGUGGAACGAGGGUGUCGUGCCCGGCCACUCGUCCCCGCUGGUGGCGCACCUGCGCGGCUCGGCGCUAAACUCGUGCGACGUGCGCGACGCGUCGCUGGGCGCGCUGGCGCUGCUGCGCGCGCUGCACGCGCUGGCGCGGCACUGGCACACGCUGUACCGCGCCGCCUGUCUGCCCGACCAGCGCCCGCUGGUGCCCAACUCUGAGUUCAUCAACGCAAAGCUUGCCGCCAAAGCCAACCGCCAACUUCAAGAUCCUCUCGUUAUCAUGACCGGAAAUUUGCCGCCCUGGUUAAAGAAAAUAGCCUACGCAUGCCCGUUCGUUCUGCCAUUCGAAUGCCGGCACCUGCUGUUCUACGUGGUAUCGUUCGAUCGCGACCGCGCUCUGCAGCGGCUGCUGGAGGCGGGCGGCGAGCGCGGCGUGGGCGGGGCGGGCGCGGGAGGCGGUCCCGACGAGCGCGUUGCGCCGCGACUCGACCGGCGCAAGCGCACGGUGCAGCGACACAACGUACUGCGUCAGGCCGAGCACGUCAUGCACGAGUUUGCGCACUCCAAGGCUCUACUGGAGAUACAGUACGAGAACGAGGUCGGCACCGGCCUCGGGCCCACACUCGAAUUCUACGCGCUCGUUUCGCAGGAGUUGCAGCGUGCCGACCUCGAUUUGUGGCACGGGAGCGAAAACUUUAAGCAGAAACCUACCUCAUUCGGCGGUGAGAUCGUCAAGAGUCAACCACCCGUCGUCACCGAUCGCUCCGCAGACGCAGCCGCGCGUCUGGCCUCGUCCGUAAGGGAUGCCCUAAACCUGGACGAGGAACGGUCACCCGAACAUUCGGAUCUCGAAAAGGAGACGUCGAUUCCGUCACCGGCGCCCGAUGCCACAUUUGUCUCGUGGCCGUGCGGUCUGUUUCCACAGGCCGUAGGACGGAAUGCUCGUGCAUCACAUAUUUCCAGAGUGAAGGCCAAAUUCCGUUUUCUUGGCAAAUUUAUGGCUAAAGCUGUAAUGGAUUCUAGAAUGGUGGACAUUCCGCUGUCGGUGUCGAUGUACCGAUGGCUGGUGAACGAGGAGAAGUGGCUGAACCUGAGCGACGUGCGCCACGUGGCGCCGGAGCUGUGGCGCUCGCUGUGCCGCCUGCGCCGCGUGGCCGAGCGCGCGCGUCUCAUCGCCGCCGAGUCGCGCCACACCGCCGAACAGAAGACACAAUUGAUAAGCGCGCUCGAAUUGGAUGGCUGUCCCAUCGAAGAGUUGGGCUUAGAUUUUAUACUGCCGGGUGACGGCUGUACAGAACUGCGGCGUGGUGGACGAGACACUCCCGUCACCGCUCACAACCUGCAUAAUUAUAUUGAUCUCGUUGCACAUUGGCUACUUUACGAAGGUGUUACAAAACAAAUGGAAGCAUUCAGGGAAGGUUUUGAAUCUGUAUUUCCACUAGCUAAUCUCAAAAUCUUCUAUCCUGAGGAGUUGGAACAAGUAUUCUGUGGCAGUCCAUCAGGCGGACGCGAUCAGCGUUGGGAGCCGCGAAUGUUGACGGAGUGUAUCCGUCCUGACCACGGGUACAACGCGGAGUCCCGUGCCAUUCGCAUGCUCAUCGACAUAUUGGCAUCCUAUAAUCGCGAGGAACAACGUCUGUUCCUGCAGUUCGUCACUGGAAGCCCACGAUUACCCACUGGAGGCUUUAAGGCUUUGAACCCUCCUCUGACAGUGGUACGCAAGUCUCUGGAGUCAUCCCUAGACCCAGACGAGUACCUGCCAUCGGUGAUGACGUGCGUCAACUAUCUGAAACUGCCCGACUACAGUAGCUCUGAGGUGAUGCGAGCCAAGCUUCGGCUAGCCGCGUCUGAAGGCCAGCACUCGUUCCAUCUUUCAUGA